UCAGGCCUGUGGCGGGUUCGGCUGGCCGGCUCCCCGGGCUUAGAGCGGUGAGGUGAGUGGUCGCGCCGGGCAGGGCGGACAUUCGUGGCACCGGAGCCUUUCGAGCCGGCCUCGCGAUGGCGUCGUAUACGUGCAUCACCUGCCGGGUGGCGUUCAAGGACGCGGACAUUCAGCGCGCCCACUACAAGAGCGACUGGCACCGCUAUAACCUGAAGCGGAAGGUGGCCGACAUGGCUCCGGUGACGGCCGAGAACUUCCAGGAGCGGGUCCUGGCGCAGCGGGCCGUGGCCGAGGAGGAAAGCAAGGGCACCGCCACCUACUGCACCGUCUGCAGCAAGAAGUUUGCCACCUUCAACGCCUACGAGAACCACCUCAAGUCCCGCAGGCACUUGGAUCUGGAGAAGAAGGCGGUCCAGGCCGUUAGCAGGAAAGUCGAGAUGCUAAACGAGAAGAACCUGGAGAAGGGUCUGGUCCCCGAUGGGCUGGACAAGGAUGCCAUGAACUCGGCCAUCCAGCAGGCCAUCAAGGCCCAGCCGUCCAUGUCCCCGCGGAGAGUAGCCCCGGCUCCUCGAGUGUCCGGGAGCCGGGUGUCAGCGGCAGGGGACCGCCCCCCCCAGGACAGGGACCCCGGCGAGAAGGCGCCCCGGCUGCAGUGGUUUGAACAACAGGCAAAGAAGUUAGCCAAGCAACAGGGAGGGAGUGAGGAGGAGGAAGAUGAGGACAUGGAAGGUGAUGAUUGGGAAGAUAUUGAUUCAGAUGAAGAGAUGGAUUCUGAAGGUGCUGAGGAGCAAGAUGAGGUUGAUGAAGUUACAGAAAACCCACCUCUUGGGGCUAUUCUUGUAACAGACUGCUUGUUUUGUUCUCAUCACUCAAGCUCACUCAUGAAGAAUGUGGCUCACAUGACAAAGUUUCAUAGCUUUUUUAUCCCUGAUAUAGAAUACCUUUCUGAUCUUAGAGGGCUAAUUAAAUAUUUGGGGGAGAAAGUUGGUGUAGGGAAGAUUUGUUUGUGGUGCAAUGAGAAAGGGAAAUCCUUCUACUCUACUGAAGCUGUGCAGGCUCAUAUGAACGACAAAAGCCAUUGUAAACUCUUCACCGAGGGAGAUGCUGCUCUGGAAUUUGCAGACUUCUAUGAUUUUAGGAGUAGCUACCCAGAUCACAAGGAAGGUGAGGACAUUGACAUGUCUGAGGAGUUACCUUCAGAAAAGAAUUUAGAAUAUGAUGAUGAAACCAUGGAGCUGAUUCUCCCUUCAGGUGCCAGAGUCGGCCAUCGCUCCUUGAUGAGGUACUACAAACAACGAUUUGGUUUGUCAAGAGCUGUUACUAUUGCCAGAAAUCAGAAAGCAGUGGGCAGGGUGCUGCAGCAAUACAGAGCCCUGGGAUGGACUGGGGGUACAGGAGCCGCUGUUCUGCGGGAGCGUGACAUGCAGUAUGUCCAGAGGAUGAAAUCAAAGUGGAUGCUAAAGACAGGGAUGAGCAACAAUGCCACAAAACAGAUGCAUUACAGGGCUCAAGUGAGGUUCUAAGAGACUGUUUGGCUGUGGUAGAGGUAGCGUUCAGUGCAAUCUCAUCACUUCAGAAUCUUGAUGUCUGGUAGUGCGAUAAAACCUCAACUGCUUUUGCACCAUUCCUCCCACCUCUUUUACCUGUCAUUCUAAUGAUUCAGUUUCCAAAUGUCAUCUCUGUCAAAUUCUAAAUUCUAAAGACUUUCUGUGUACAGAAUGAGAUGUGCACGAGUGGUCACUCUGCUCAAUAAUGUGUAUUAGUUUGGCAGUUGGCUUAUGCUUUUAGAGAACUAUGUAUCGGAGAGCGGUAUAUCCAAUGAAAGAAGUGAUUGAGAGACUUUCAGGAUGACUUGUCAAAUCCAUUCUUGGUUUAACUUCUAAAACAACAGUUUUUCACAUCUUGGUGUGGUGGAAUUACCCAUGUGUCAUCUACGGCAGCUUUGAGACUUCUGAUUUCUGUGAAGUGAAUUGGACUUUUCACCUGUUCCAUAAAGUUUGUAUACUAUCUCUGCUGGUGCUGAGAUAAAACUGCACUGUGUAGUUUGAUUAAACCAGAGCAUCUUCCAGGAGGCAUUUCAAAUU